AUGCUCACCCGCGUCCGCACCGGCGCUCGACGGCUGCGGCCGGGAGCAGCAGGCCGGGUCGCUGGGGAGGCGCGCGAAGGUGGCGACGACGGCUGUAGGCGGUGCGGGGCAGGGGGCCGUCGGCAGUGGCGGGCGGAGGCAAGGGUGGCCGGCUAUGGCGAGCAGCGACAGGGAGCAGGGGAAGGGAGGAGCAGCAGCGGCAGUAGCACAAGCAGCAGCAAAAGUAGCCAGCGGCGGGAGCAACAACAACGUAGCGGCAGCAGGGUGAAGGCGGCGGCGGCAGGCGCUGGGGCACGGGCACGCCCGGCCGGGCGCGCGCAGGGGUCUGUAGGCAGCGGGGUAGCAGCAGCGGUGACUACUCGCGGGAGCAGCGGCGGCGGCUGCUGCGGCUUCCAGCAGGAGCGGCAGCAGCGAAGGCACGUGCGGGCUGGCGCGCGCUGGGCGGCCAAUGGCGCGGCCCGACGCGGCCAGAGCCUGCGAGCGCGGCCAAGGGCGCGUCAAUGGAGCAGCGAAUAG